GGUGAGAAUGUUUCCUGGUUGCAGAGGUACACAGCAUGACCUGUUGGUGUGUCUUAUGUGUCUGGCAUUAUGACAGGAAGAACAAAGGAAGAAACAGGUGGAGAGAAAGAAAACUGCUGGGAUCUACCCAGCCACCUCUCCCUUCUCUCUCUCUGUAAUAAAACCCAAUGGGACUAAAGGAACCAACUGCACGGGCUUUUUGAUUACAAUAAUGUGGAAUGGCUAUGAAGAUGAUAGAGUUGGAAAAAGUCAGGACACGUGUUCUACACAAUGGAAGGGAAAUAUAAAUCAGUAAAGCUUUCAAUACACGGAUCCUGGUCUGAUGUGGAAGUAUUUUAUAUAUGAAGAGGCAAUCACAAUCAGGUCUAACAUCCAUGAACUACAAAAUUAAAUUUGCUCAUAGUACAUCAAUGACUGUGGAGAAUACUCUUUCCCUUUGGCAAUACAAAUACCAGAAGGUUAAACAGAGACACCAUAUCUACCUAUAGGUUUGGGAAAACUCGACUUCAAAAUGGCAAACUCUCAGCUACAGUGUUUGGCAGACGACUGUGAGUUUGCAGAUGUUACAGAGUCCAGCCCUGAAUUUUAUUACUCAGAAAAGCAAAGGACAGCCUUAGAAACCUUGUUGUCUUAUGGCGAACAAGCUUUUCAAAACUGUCUUAAACAGGAAGGUAUUCGUCAUUUUCUAUCAAAAGAAGAAAUUGAUUCUAUCGAAAAAUCUGUAACUGAUUCCCAGCUUGGGAAAAUAGAGUUGGAGGAUGAAUCUGAACUUGAUGAAGACUUGAGUGUGAGCUACUGGCCUUCAAAAUCUGAUGUUCCAACCCCUGGACUAGAUCUAGGUUGGCCUGAAGAGGGCACAUGGAAAGGGAUAACCAGGGCAGAGCUAUACACUCAUCCUCCCACUAAUAAUGCACCUCAUAUUAAGGUGGUAGUUCGAAGGACUAUACAGAGUGCUUUAAAGGUUAUUGCUGUGGUCAUGGACAUAUUUACAGAUGCUGACAUUUUCCUGGACUUAUAUGAAGCAGCCACAAAAAGGAUGGUACCUGUGUAUAUAGUCCUAAGCGUACAUCAUCUGCCAUCUUUUCUUCAUAUGGUUGAGACAACAGGAAUUAAUGUCCGGUUUACAGAGAACAUGAGAGUAAGAGUCAUUUCGGGAAACACGUUCAGCAAUCGAAAUUUGAAGCAGGUUACAGGAACCCUAAAAGAGAAAUUUCUGCUUAUAGACUGUAACACUGUGAUCACUGGAACUUAUAGUUUCACAUGGAGUGACUCACGUCUAGAAAGAAACAUCAUCACGCUGCUAACAGGAGAAAUAACUGACUCAUUCGAUAAUGAAUUUCGAACAUUAUUUGCUGCUUCCCGACCAUUGCAGAGAUAUGAUUUUAUUAAAGGCCCUAAAAACGAUGUUGGUAUGAGAGAACCAGUUCCCUCUCCUGCAAUAACAAUGUCUGAGUUAUCUGAAAAUGUGAGUUAUACUGCACGUCCUUUGCCAGUGGUUGCGGAACCCUAUACAAAUGGUUUUUCUUCUCCUCAGAAGUUUAGUACCAUUGGGACUUUACAGCCAACAGAGGUUAUUGUGGCUCCUUUUGCACCUCCACCUAAUGGAAAAGAGUUAUCUAAAAGUAUUAAUAAGAUAGCAGAGCGUCGAACAGUAAUUCCACCAGCAGUGAAGAGCAUUGGUGCAGAUGCUGCACAAAAUUCUUCAGUUACCGCUACAGAAACUUUAAAUGUUCCAGACUACAGCAUUCGCCAUCGUUUAGCUGCCUGUCGUAACUUUGAAGGCCCUACGCUACAGUUACGAGGUGGCCAGGAUUCACAUAGCGCUCUUAGUGAUAUCCUAAAGAAUGUGCAGCGUUCAAGACUGUCUGUAGCUAAAACAAUAGGAGCAAGGCCCAGCAAAUCUCUAUGGGAUCUUAGCCGACUCUCCCAAAUGUCUGGCUGUACUGGGGAAACAAAUGCAACACAGAUGGAGCUUGGAGAAGAUGCAAAGGCCAAAUCAAGAUGGAUGAUAAAUGAUACUCCGGCAAUGUUACUAAUGAGGCAGAGAGCUUUUCCCAGUGAGGAUACCAGAGUCAGAGAACCUUCCAAUGUUGCCUCAUCAAAUUAUAAGCCAUCAGCUGCUGUCUCACCUAUCAGGCUCCAGGGACAAUUAGUACAUCAUAUGCCCGGAACUGCACUACCUAGACCUUGGGGUAACCCAUCAAGACAUUUACGACAACAACACUAUUACUGAGCAUUUGUGAUGGUGAAUGAAGAUCUACUGUUUCCAGUUGACCAUUACAAUGUUUUUAGUGUCAAAUGUUUAGCGGGAGAACUUGUUAACAUCUUCAUAAAAUCUGGAUUCCAGGACAUUUCACGUUAAACAUUUGAAAUUCCUCUUUAAACUCAUUAAAAAAAAUACAUUUCUUGAUGAACUGUGGAGGAAACUAUGCAUUUCACACUUACAAAAUGUAAUAAAUUAUUAGCAGACAUUACAAAACGUAAUAAUUUAAGAAUACAAUUUUGCCACAAAUGGUUUUACAUUUUUUAUGGACAUUGUAUGACAUAUAUACAUAAUAUAUACAAAGGACUAAAGAAAGAGUCUCUGCAUUCUUCAAAACCAUGGGCAGCUCAACCUUUACUUAAACUGAAAUAAAUUUGUAAAAUUUUAAUUAGUCAAUUAAAAUGUGAAUUAUAUAGUGUUUUGAUCUAAAGGUUAUGAAGAUAUAGUGAAACUAUUUAACUUUACAAAGCUGGAGUGCACUGUUGUUUAGUAUUUGUUAUUCAUAAAACAGAAAAAUAAUAAGCACCAACGGUGCCAGAAAAUUGCUGUUGUAUUUACACAGAGAAAUCAUGGGUUUGGAGAACCACAAAACCAUUAGAAGAUUUUUGUGCUGGUUAUGAGGUUAAUAAAUUUUAAAGAAAAUUGAA